AUGGAAGUGGAGCUGCACUCUUACUUAACUACUCUAACACUUCCACUACCAAUUGAUGUUGUUGACACUUUUGAAUGGAAGGCUGCUGAUUUGCCUUUGAAUGUGUUUAAUUCGCAGGCUACUUGGGAGGUCUUGCAUCCUAGACAACCGAUUCAAACUUGGCAUGACAUCGUAUGGUUCAAAGGCGCAUUACCGAAGCAUGCCUUCACGAUGUGGGUGACAAACUACGACAGACUACCGACACGAGCGAGAAUGGCGUCAUGGGGUCUUGCGGUACCGGUUGCUUGUCACUAUGCUAAUGACGUCUGGUCCCAAGUCUUCCGUCGAUGUAGUCAUCCACAGCAGAGAAUCACUGACUGGGCGGAGUUACUAUCUUGGAUCCAAGCUACUCAAUCUCCGCGGAACCUUCUGCUACGGAAGCUCGUCUCUCAAGCAGUUGUUUUCCAUGUCUGGAAACAGAGAAAUAAUCUUCUUCACAACGGGAUUCCUCUGCCGCCAGCUCAUGUUUUUAAGGCCCUUGACAGGGAGGUUCGCAACAUAAUCUCUGCUCGGAGGUCUAACAAGCUAUUCAAAUCACUUAUGGUUCUCUGGUUCCAAUAG